AUGGAGAAAGCCUACACCCCAGUUGAUGCACGCAAACAUCGAAGGAUCAUCCUCUCUUCCGUGCUUUUCCUUGCAGCACUCGUGACGGGAACACUCCUCUGUGUAUCCGCAGCGUGCCUUUCAGCGAUGCUCCACGGAUUCACACAAAGCCACAACACCCAGAACAAUCCCAUCACCGCCGAGCAUCGACUUCUCAAUGCAUUCGGUCUCAACCGACGAGCAGACGUGUCGGCAAUUGGGCCUUCGAACCCUGCUGUCGGCUGGCACGCGCGCGCCGUUCAGCGUGCUCUGGUCUACAAGGGCCCACUAUACGAGCCCAAGAAGGAAGACCUCACUCUCACGGUUCUCUUCAGCACGCCUGCCGAGCCAAAUGGCUUCACGGUCGCACUCUUCAAGCCCUCCUACGCGGUCGAUGCGAACGGACGGAUCCUAACGAUGACGACAACUGAGUACGAUGUCUUCGCUGAUUUGAUCAAAAAGGUCGGCGCUCUGCCGACAGUCGACCAAUGGCGCGUCAAGCACAACACAACCAGCUGGCCCAUCGACAAGUUGAUCAUACCGGGAGACGACGAGGUUUCAGUGUAUGGCUGGAGCACGGAAACGGACGUCCUCGUGAAGCCGACAAAGGGAUAUAAGAGACUCCCCCCAUCGCUGAACACCCUCAUUGGCUUGGCAAGGGAGGGCAGAGAAGACUACUCGCCUGACUUGCGCAUGGAUGAGAACAUUAAGAAAGUUCUCUCCUUCACGUAUUGA